AUGGGCGGACAGCUCUUUUUCUCCGAGCGCGAUGAAAAGGCGAAAGAGAAGCGUCGACUCCUUAGAGAGAAGAAUGGCUUCGUCCCCGGAGCACACAAGGAGGAAGAUUCCAUUCGAAACAAAAACAAAAAACUUCCUAAGACAAAGAGGUUACAUCAAGAGAAAUUGGGACUUUGGCUCGAGUACGUUGAGAAAAAUGCCGGCCAAAUCGUUGCUGACUUUUUCCCAGCUUCACGGCAGAUCCCGAAAAUGGAUAUCAGGAUUAUAAAACCUUUGAGGGGUCGACUUACCGAGGGCAAAGAGCCAACUGUGAGGUCUGCUCAGGCGUGGGCUGAGCAGUUCUUCGGUGGUUUCGCUGAAUUUACCAAAACCGAAGUCAUUCCAGAGGAUCGAACGGAAGUCUACCAAUGGAUCAGGAAUACCUUAACGGUAGAUAAAGUUGUUGUGAAUAAGAAAAAGCAGAAAUAUAACUUUACAAAGGACGACUUUUUGAAAGUCGUCUCCUCGAUAUGGCAAAUUGAUCAUAAGAAAUUCAUUCCUGGGCUGAUCAAAGUUAACAUACUAUUUGCUCUUUAA